AUGGAGGCCUAUUCACAUGUCGGACCCGGCCACAGUCUCCAUCGCGACGACCGCAUGCGCCUGAUGCGCUCGACCCGGAAGAUUGGAGAGGUUAUGGGCGAAACCCCGCAUCCUGUUUACCCAGCUCAGGCAAGGAAACCGGACAAGAAGGCGCUUCCUCCCGUCCCCCCACCCAAGGAUACCGCUUUGCGGCAUCGACACCGGCCCUCGCUCGACUAUACUCGUGAAGUAACGUCCAAUGGCGCGGCCUCAGCGUCAAUAGCGCGUCCAGUGCUGUUUAUAAACCUCCCAGAGUCUCCACAGCGGGCCAUUCCCCGGCCAUUGCCUACACUUUCACCCACGCUAACACCCACCCUGACGCCGACCCCGCUUCCCUCGCCUUCUUCAACAGUCAAGAGCUUCAUCGCCAAUCCCCACUCCAUUGCGGGUGCGAUCCGUCGCUAUGGCGUUACUAUCAAAGACGAAUCUGCCCGUCGCAGGACCAUGGCAAAGCUGGCGAGAACUCUAGGAGAAACAGUGCCGCCCGCGCUGGUCUUCCCCCCGGACAGCGAGACUGCGAAGAAGGAAGAGCGCAAGGCUCGCAGGCUGACCGUGCGAUCGGUCAAAAGCGACAAGGGCUCUGUGAGAAGUGUAGGGCGGGAAUCGGUCACGAGCAGGACGUCGAGGGAAACAAGGAGUCGGAAACGCGGGGGGAAAGACGAUAUAUCGCGGGGCUGGGUGUGGGUAGGGCGGCCAGAGGAAAUUCCGGUGGGGGUAAAAGUGAAAUUGAAGCCGCGGAGGAGAGUGGACAGUGGGGCACCGCCAUUUAACUGGUACCCGCCACACGAGCAGGAGGAAGAUGACAUACCAGAGGAUGACGAUGAAUAUCUCGAUGAGGCAUCUGCACUGGCACCAUAUAUGAAUGAUUCGUUGCGGGUUCGGAGGCGGGAAGACGGCUGGAGUGGUGAGUGGGUGGGCAAUGUGCAGAAUAUGGAUGAAGUUGUCAAGGGCUUGCGGAGCUUGAAGGUUAGAUGA